CAAGGCUUUGCUUUCCACCACGCCGAGCAGGGCUCGUCCACCUUGACGCUGUGGCUGGGAGAAGGGCCCAGCAGGCUACCGGGGGAUGCCACCCACCAGCUGGGAGUCGCAGGUGCUGUUCUAGAUGAAAGCACGGGAAAGGUGUUGGUUGUACAAGACAGAAAUAGGACUCUAAAUGCAUGGAAAUUUCCAGGAGGUCUGUCUAAUCCAGGCGAAGACAUUGGAGACACAGCAGUUCGAGAGGUUUUCGAAGAGACUGGCAUUAAGUCAGAGUUCAAGUCCAUCCUAAGCAUAAGACAGCAACACAAACACCCCGGAGCCUUUGGGAAGUCGGAUAUGUACAUCAUCUGUCGCCUGCAGCCCUCCUCCUUCAACAUCAGCUUCUGCCAGCAGGAGUGCCUGAGGUGUGAAUGGAUGGACCUCGAUGAGCUUGCUAGGACGAAAGACGCUACUCCCAUCACCAGCAAUGUAGCUAAACUCUUACUUUACGGAUACCGGGAAGGGUUUGGUAAGAUUGAUAUAACCAUGAGAGAGUUUCCAGCUGUCUACACAGGCCUGUUCUACAAACUAUACCACAGGGAGCUGCCCGAGUCCUACAGAAACAUUACAUGAUUGCAGUACAUUUCACAUUUCAUUAUAUUAAUAAUUUAGAAUUAUUAUUGUAGUGUUAUUUAGACCAUAUUAAAACUAUCCAUGGACUUCUUUUUAGGUAAUUAUUAGAAAGUAAUUAUUUACUCUAUUCUCUAAUAAGCUAUAGAUAUAAAUUAUUUUAAAAGGUAAAUACCGCUGUAAGUGUGCUAUAAAUAUCAGAUUUGUUUUCCUUUACUCUGUAAAGCAAACAUAAGGU